AUGGAUGUAAUACAAUCACUUGGAAACUUCAGCGAAAAGCUUUAUAGGGAGAUUUUGAAAAGAAACAAGGGUUAUUUGGAGAAUACAUUUCUCUCCCCUUUCAAUAUCUAUACUGCCCUCGGAAUGAUCCUCUGUGGAAGUGCAAACAAUACGAAUGCUGAGUUGAUAAAAGCGAUGCAGUUAUCUGAUUGCUUGGAACAGGAAAUAAUCCACAGCGCGAUUGGUGAACUUCUGGCUGAUCUUUCGAAGUCUGAUGAGAGUGUUGAGAUAAUCACUGGAAAUAGAAUCUAUGUAAAUGAAGAUGUGCAGAUUGAGAAACGAUUUAGAAAUAUCAUCAAGCAGUAUUACAAUGCACUGACUGAGCAUGUUGCGUUUCAUAGAGAUCCUGAAUGUGCUCGAAAUCGAAUUAAUCAGUGGGUUAGUGAACAGACCAACGGAACAAUCCAGGAACUGAUCCCACGUGUGGCUAUAUCGCAAGAAACGUCAGCUGUUGUGCUAUCCACUACAUACUUUAAAGGUUUAUGGGGUCCACAUUUCCGUAAGGAGGAUUCACAUGACAGCGAUUUCUUCAAACUUGACGGAUCAACAAUGAACGUGAAGUUAAUGUAUAAUCUAUCCUGUUUCAGUAUGGUCAUCUUACCAGAUUUGGGAUCGCGAGCUAUCAAGAUACCGUUUAAAGAUCCGAAAUUGAUGAGGAAGGUGUCGUAG